AUGAGGGGCAGGAGGGCUGCUGGACAGGCAGAGCCCCAGCCGGUCGGAUCAGAAACCCGUCAGCGGGUGCCGAGCGCGCGGAAGGGACGAGCCCGCGGGGAACUGCGGGGAGCCGCCUGCCGCGCGUGGCCAGGAGGGGACGCACACGGGCAGCCCCACGAAUCGCCUUCCGGCGGCUCUCUGCACGGUUUUAAUCGCGCCUAUGUCUUUGGGGCAACCCCAACGACACCUGCAAACUGCAGUGCCGAGGGAAAGGCGCCUCAGCGCCGGGCACGAGCCCUCCAGCGCGGCGUCCUGCGUCGGGCGCCCGGGGCCCGGAUCUGGCGCUGGGUCCUCACGCGGGUGGGGCCCAGGCCCAUGAAGAGGGGUGCGCCGAGGGGGCAGCGGCACUGCCUGACCAGGGGCCCCGCAGCGAAAGCUCAAACACGGCCUCCUGGUUUUGGAGCGAGGGCCGUGUUGACGUUUUGGCUGUGCACCUCAUCGAGGGACGCGCCCCCCAGCCACCCCCUGGACAAUCACCCGACCCGAGACGGCUCUGGCGGGGCAGCCUUGGCGUGUGACUGGGCAGGGGUCUCGGCCCCCUCUGCCGUCCACCUGACCUCGGCAGUGGCUGGGAUUUGGAACGCCUUGACAGACAGUUAUGGACUGGAAGUCAUCCCAUACCAGAACCUGCGUUUGCUUAUUCUGAACCUCUCAGAAGAAGGCGACAGUUUGCUCCUCGAUACAUCAGAUGAUGAGGACCUGAGAGAACAGCUGGACAUGCAUCCGAUCAUCAUCUCCUGCAUCAGCCACGAGCCCCUCUUCACUGCAGACCAGGUUACUGAAAACAUCAAAGAAAUGAUGCAGGAAUCACCAGACCCAGAAGAUGAUGAAACCGCCAUACAGUCGGAUGGGCUUUCAGUGCUUUCCCAGGAAAUUCAGACCCUUAAGAGACCUAGUACAGGCAAUUAUGAAGCGAGAGUAAAAAGGCUCUCAGUGUCUGAAUUAAAUGAACUCCUGGAAGAAACUGAAAUCGCCUUUAAGGAUCUCCCUGAAGAGCUGGUGCAGCAGUUAGCCCUGCGAGAUGAACUCGAGUUUGAAAAGGAAGUGAAAAACAGUUUUAUUUCUGUUCUUACUGAAGUGCAGAACAAACAGAAAGAGCACAAAGAAACGGCCAAAAAGAAAAAGAAGCUCAAAAACAGCAGCUCUCAGAAUGUCAAGACUGAGAGAAGUCAUGUGCCUGGCACACGCCUCGGCGUGGAAAGGAUCUCAAAUGUCAUUCAGAAUGGCCUCUGCCACACCUUUGGAAAUUCAUGUGGAGAGAAAGAGUACUUGACAACUGUCAUUCCUUAUGAGAAGAAAAAUGGACUGCUCUCUGUUGAAGUUCUGCAAAUAUUAGCAAAAAGUCUCCAUGCCAUGAAGGAGGGUAGUGAGAAAGUUCCGAGCUUGCUAACUGAUUGUGUGCUGAGGGUUCCGUGUCCUACAUGGAGCAGUGUCACUUCAGGAGCAGCUGUAUCUUCCGUGGACGACAGCUAGAUUUCCUGCAGCAUUAUUCCAAAAGCCGGCUGCCAUCACUUUUCCUGUUACUGGGAACACAGCACACUUGAACUUGGGUUUGUGGUUCAGUAUUAACAGAUCGUGACUACCCUAACUCAUUGUAUAAUAGAACCAAGAGAAAUAUGGCGCUAUUUUGGAUUCUAGAGAUGGAUUUUGUUAACUCUUGACAAUUAAGAACUUUUCUCUAACUUAGUAGAGUAAGGGGGAGUAAUACUAAUUGUGCAUGUACGGUUAUAUUUUUCUUUAACUGACAUUAUGCUUGUUUGAGUUUAUAUAGCUUUCUAAAUCUCAGGUGCACUGAAGAGCUAGAUUAAAGCACUGAUUUUACUAUAGCUAUUCUUCAGUGGUGGCAAGAACCAACCCUAAUUUUAAAAGAGAAUUGUCAGUUUAAGUGUUACCCACCAGUAUUUUCCAGAGAGACUGAAGCUUGACAACCUUGGACUGUUCUUGAAGUGAAACCAGAAUAUGCAGUACUUAUGCUUACUACUUAGUGAACAUUGAAAAACUGCUGGAGAUGACUGAUUGUUUAGCCCCCCAAUUGUCACCAUUACUCAAAUUUUAACCAUUAAGUUGCUAUCCACUUUCAGAAUCUCGGGUUGUUUAACUUCAGAUGUUGAAAUGUUUUGUUUCCUGUCUGUGAAGAAGUGUACUUUAAAAGGAGUUUGUAUUCUUUAAGGUGCUGAAGAAACUGUAUGCUGCAGCAGUGUCCAUUUCCCAUCAUUACUGUGCUACAUUUUAUCCAUGCCUGAGUAUUUUCCUAAGGUACUAAUUCUAGAAACAGCUACCCAGGUAUACCUCACUAGUCACAAAACACUUGCCACUUGCUGGUUCCAAUCAAGUCAAUGUCAUUUAAUAAAUGUAAAAAAGAAACAAAACAAAACA